CUAGCAACCUGGAAGUGCCCAAAUUCUCCACCUCUUGGCUGGUCUAAGGGUCCCUUCUUCUUCUUCUUCCUCCUAUUUAUCAUCUGUCUUCUUUUGCUUGGACCUUUUGGUCGUCCCUGUUGCGCUGUUCUCGUGGAAAAUAACUCCUUGCAACAAUCCUUGUUCUUCUAAACCCCAGCACGCUCGGCAGCAGCCUCGGGAUUGGGAUAUACAAAAAAGGGCGUGCUUCAGAAUGGCUUUGAAUCUCGAAAGGCAGCUACUUUUUUAUGGCGCCUAUCACAGUAACCCAGUGAACGUCGCAAUCCACAUCACAUGCGUUCCGGUGUUGUUAUUUACGGGCAUUGUACUGGCCUCGAACACGCCCGCUCUAAUCAAUGUCUCUGAAGCUCUACAGUAUGAGUAUCUCCCGGCCAAUCUCGGAACGAUCGGCGGCUUCAUAUAUGCGAUCUUCUACGUCCUCCUCGAACCCGUCGCGGGCGGCCUCAUUGCGCCCGUCAUAAUCGCCGGCUCCGCGUUCGCAAACUACCUCUUGAGCACCUACGGCACAACGGUCAACUACUGGGCUGGUUGGAUUCAGGUGGCGUCGUGGGUGUUGCAGUUUGUUGGUCACGGUGCUUUUGAGAAACGAGCUCCUGCGUUGCUGGAUAAUCUGGUGCAGGCGUUUCUGUUGGCUCCGUUGUUUGUUUGGAUGGAGAUUCUGUUUUUCUUAGGAUACCGGCCGGAAUUGAGGGCUAGGUACCAUCAGAGCGUGGAGAGGGAAAUUGCUGCGUUUAAGAAGAGCCAGAAUGGCAAGGCGAAAUAAGUCUAACCAAGACUACAGCAUAUAGGGCGUGUACUGAGCAUAGUUAGAUGGCGUUUUUCAAUGGCAUGAGCAAUUCGCGUCGCAGUUAACCAUCCAUGUAUGUUGCCUGUACGGCGUAACUUCGAGUUAAUUGGGG